CUCCUGCUUUAUAAAAUAAUGAGAUUUUUAUUUUAAUUUUUAAUAAUAAUGAUAGUAUUUGACCUACUAUUGCACCAAUGUAAGUUUUCUAUUUUAAUAUUUCUCUUGUCAAUGUUCUGUCUAGUAGUAAACUGCUUUUUUAUAUUUGCAAACUCUGUUCUGUAUGCUUUUAUCAAUACAUUUCCUACCUUUUGCCUUUUCUGCCAACUCAAAGGACAUAUAUUUUAUUUUAAUUCUUAAAAGAGAUUUUCACUGCCAUUUUUUCCCAUUCGUUUUAAACAAACAAGUUUUGUAUGAAAUUGUAUAUUUUUUGCUGGUCUCUAGGAUUUACUUAAUUUGUUGUUGUAGUUCUUUGGUCUUGAUUACUGAUUAGAAGGCACAAAUAGGAGUGUUUCGCUGCUCUUUGUUUGUUGCCUCUGCACAGUUGAUUAUCUUUUUCGAAUGCAGGAAAUGAUUAGAAAAUGCUAACACUUCUAACACUUGCUAAACCUAGCCCAGACGAGAAGGUGCUCUUUCUGUAUCAGUGGAUAGAGGCGUGAGUAAAUUGGCUUCAAGUGAGUCGGCUUAUUUGGGCCAUUGGUUAUUCAUUAUGAUUAAGGAGACACUAGUGGCUAGUGUUUAGUGUUUAUGGUCUUGUUCAGUAGAUUGGUUGCAAACUCCUUUCAUCCUCCACAAAUAAUUGCCUGUGGUGAUUCUCCUCUUUGGUCGAAUUGUUGUGGCUGUUGUUUAUACUUCAAUUUUCACCCAUGCCUAUUGAUGGCAUUUUACUCUCCAAGCUUACCUUCAUUUUUCAUGCAAUUUUUGGCAGUGUCAUAUUCCUUCGAAUGGUUGCAUUGACCUGUUGGACAAUUAAAGACAUCAUUUGAAUCUUAAUAUUCAUCAAUCUCAUAUAUGAAUUUUUAAUUAUUUAGUCAAAAGAAAAUCAGUAGUCUCUGUGGGUUGUUUUUUGUUUGCUAGACCCUUGGGCCCUAUAAAGGGUUUAAUAAAAAGUACAAAGUAGCGAAACCUAAUGAGUGACUUAUGAGAAAUUUAAGGAAGUGCGGUAAUGAUGUGGAAGUGGCAAUAGUGAUUCCUAAUGAGUGCCUUAUGAGAAAUUUAAGGAAUUGUGAUAGUGAUGUGGAAGUGGCAUUAGUGAAUCCUAAUGAGGGCCUUAUGAGAAAUUUAAGGAAUUGUGAUAGUGAUGUGGAAGUGGAAAUAGUGGUUGUAUUUAUUCAUAUGCUGUACGUGGGAAAGGAAAGUUUGGCUUCAUAUGUAACUGCAGUAGUACUCUUUUCCUACUUAGGAAGGUCAUGGAAAACUUACUCUUCCCACGCAUCUUACUUCAUUUCUAAGUAGUGAGCCCUGCUGCGCUUGUCAGUAGUUACAGUUAUUGACUUUGUUCUUACCCUUGACAUGCUGCUUACAGUUCAUGAUAGUUGAGUUAUUUGCAUAUCUGACUCAAUACUCUCAAUUUUUGGGGUUGCAAGUAACAGUUAUGGGGCAUAGACACCUAUACAAUGCAUCAUCUCCAAUGUUUGAGGGUGAGGCUGACCAAAAUUGGAAUCAAAUGCAUACUGAUCAACAUCAUGUGAACCAUGGGGGGACCAGCUCUUCAGAGAAUGGUUCUUUCAAUUAUCCUGUGGAAAAUAUAUCUAUAGAUAACAUUUAUUUCCCCUCUCAUUGGAAUGCCAACACAAGGUCAAAUGGAUAUGCAUCCUCUGGACUCAACAUUGAAGUACCUCCUCCUCCUCAUCAAUUGGAUACACCAGGCACUUCUAACAAUCAUUUUAUGCAUUCAUCUAGUGCUGGACCUUUCUUUACAGUGUCUGAAAACUAUGUACACCAGCCUUCUUCUUCUUCCAAUUAUGAUAGACAAGCAUUUCAUGUUGAUAGUGGUUUUAUUGAUCUUACAAUGGGAAGUGGACGAGGACAUCACAAGAGAAAGAGCCCUGGAAUUCCUUCAGUCUAUGAGAGAGGCAGUUCAAGUGGAUAUUUCAAUGCUGGGAGUUCAACUGAUCUUCCUAUGCCUUCAGAAUCACGGCCAGAGAAGCCAAAUAUGGAUUCUCAAUAUAUGCCGUGGGAUCAUGUUGCUAUGACAACACCCAAUUUCAGAGGUGCUGGCCUCUCAAUGAAGGGUGAGAGUUCUGUAAGGAACGUGAGGAGCCGUUCUGCACUUGAUUUGGAAUCCAACCUGUCUAGGACCCAUUUGUCAAAUAACCAUUCACACAACUCGUUCCCUAAUGUCCCACCAGUCGGCCAUUCUAGCUUGGCGGAUCUUUCAGCUCAGGUUUCUACCUCUUUGACAAGAGAUUGGAGCCAAAUGAACGUAACUCCUGCUAAUGGAAGAGUGUUAUUAUCAGAUUCUAGUACUUUUGGUCUUGAGACAAGUCACUUCCCGGUUGGAAAUGCUGCUGCUACUGCUGCUAGUAAUGCUACUUUAGAUGUCGGAAGCUUCCAUCAUGAAUAUGGUACAAGCAGAAAUCCUACUACUGCUCAAAGUUUUCAAAAUUUGACUCAGACUGCUAGGGGAACACGAAGUAAUUACUCUCAAAGAUCCGCUCCAGCUUAUAGGGCUUCUUCAAGCUUGCGCCUGGGACAUCCACCUUCAGAAAAUAAUGGAUUGCCCAUGGUAGCUGAAAGUCACCCUUCUAGACAUCCUAGGCCGUUGACCACUAUUGGUUGGCGGAACAGUGAUAGAAAUGGAAGGUCAAGAAUUUCGAGUGAAAGAUAUAGAGCAUUGGCUGAUGAGGCUAGUCUCCAUGCUAGAUUUGCUUCUGAGGUACCGGGUUUCAUGAUUGUUGAGCGUGCUUCACUAUAUGGUUCUAGGAAUAUGCUUGAUCAGCACAGAGACAUGAGGUUGGACGUAGAUAGCAUGAGCUAUGAGGAACUGCUUGCACUUGGGGAGAGGAUUGGCCAGGUGAACACAGGAUUGUCUGAGGAUGUGGUUUCCAAGUGUUUGACGGAAACAAUAUAUUGUUCAUCUGACCAAUGUCAGGAUGAAGGAAGCUGUGUGAUCUGUCUGGAAGAGUACAAGAACAUGGAUGAUGUUGGGACACUUAAAACUUGUGGACACGACUACCAUGUGAGCUGCAUUAAAAAGUGGUUAUCUAUGAAGAAACUAUGUCCUAUCUGCAAAGCUUCUGCUUUGCCUGAGGAUAAGAAGGAUAAAUAAUUUAUGCUUAUAGUAUUUAUUGAUCUCAUUUGUACAUAAAUUUGGACAUCCUUCAAAGGGUAGGAAACAGACUAGCUUUUGGAAAUGGUGUAACAAGAAUGCUACUUCAUGUUAAUGCAUUUGUUUGGCUUCAAUCUCAAUUUAGUGAAGCCAGGAAAUCAUUAUGUGAAUUUGAAGCGGGUCUGGAUUGCUUCUAUUUUUUAAAUAAUAAGAUAUGAAUAGGUUUAGCCGUUUAAGUGUUC